UGAUUUUUGCGCGAUAAAAACCAGAAUUGAAGCCUCUGUUAUGACUGAUGAGAGGCAAAACACCCAGAGGCACCUUGAUCAAGAAUUACCACCCUGACUGUUCGCCCCGCCCACGCUCAACGCUGAUUGGCUAACGCUUAUCAGCGCGGCCUUCUGUUGGAUCACUCCGCUGUCAGUUUUAUCUCACAGCUCUGAAUACCGCACGGCCAGGGAGGCAUGAAGACUGAUAACGGAAAGCGGGAUACAUCGCCGGUGGAUAUACGGAAGAAAACGGGGGACGUGAUCUGCUAUGGGCCUACCACCACUCAGUCCAGUUCAACAAACGGAGAAAGUCCAAGGGCAUCUGGUGGAUUGACGCAGGGACAUAGAGCCAGACUAGGAAAGAACCAUGACAUUAACAAAACUCCAGUACAGCUGGGCUCUAGUCAGAAUGGGUGAGUGUCAGACCUACGUGAAGCUCAGUGAAGAGAAACUCAUACCAAAGUCUGAUAUCUUGUCACUGCUCAGGACCUACAAUUGUUACCACGAAGGGAAAAACUUCCAGUUGAGGACUCGCGAGGAAGAUGGAGAGCUCAUUCUCGAGGGGUUGCUGAACAUCUACUGGGGUCUGCGCCGACCAAUCAGACUUCAAAUGCACGACGACAACGAAAGAUUCCGUCUCAACCGAAACGAUAGAUCUGCUGUGGCAAAGCAGCUGUCAGCAGAGUCCAACAAUAAUUCACUGGACAGAGCAAACGGAACUGCUAGUGGUGACAUGGGUGGUCAAGAGGAAGAGGAGUCUCCUCAGCUGCUGAGGACCAGGAGUGACGCUUCCUUCAUGCAAGUUCAGAGGAGGUCAAAGACACACUCUCCCAGGGACUUGCAGCGCUUGCGCACACACAGGUUCUCAAUCAACGGACACUUCUACAACCACAAGACAUCUGUAUUUACUCCAGCCUAUGGUUCAGUCACUAACGUAAGAGUAAACAGCUCCAUGACGACCAUACAAGUCCUCAACCUGCUGCUACACAAGUUUAGGGUGGAGAAUAAAUCUGAGGAGUUUGUUCUUUAUAUGGUGCACGAGUCUGGUGAGAGGGCCCAGCUGAGGGACGGUGAGUACCCGCUGGUGACUCGUGUGCUUUACGGACCCUGUGAGAAAAUUUCCAAGAUCUUCAUCAUGGAGGCCGACCUGGGAGAGGAAGUCACACAUGAUGUUGCCCAGUACAUAAAGUUUGAGAUCCCUGUUUUAGACAGCUUUGUAGUGAAACUUAAAGAGGAGGAGGAACGUGAGAUAAACAAACUGACUAAAAAGUACAGCGCUCUAAAGUCUAUGAUCCUACACCAGCUUGAAGGCAGAGGGAACACCAGCGACAGAGUAUGAGUGUGUCUGUAUACAUGACUGAUGUAACCUUUGUGUGUGUGUGUUUGCGUGUGUGAGUGUGUGAAAGGGUAAGGGGCGGGUGCAACACCGAUGAUUGUUGAUUUACUAUGGGAACAUUUCCAAGUACAGGAAUUCAGUAGUGAAUGUAGGGCUGAUGGUAAAAGGGUAAAAGCAAAGGCUGCAAUAGAACGAUAUCAAACACCGAUGUGCUUCUACUUUUAGAAUUACACAUCUCAACAGUUUGUAGGACCUGUUUUGUUAAUGUUAUUGCUAUGAAGUGUAUCACUGCUUUGAUAUUUCUUCUAUUAAUAUAUUUGCAUUUUCUAUGAACAUUUUUACUGCAACUACGGAUAUUUAUACCGGCUGUUUUUUGUAAAGUUUUCUCUGACCUGAACCUUUUUACAUAAUAAAUCAGUUUUAGUGUGGCCUUUAUAAAUGUUGUUGA